UCGGCAAGUUCGUCAUUUCCGUCGUGCUGUCAACAAAACGUCUCGAGUCCACAAAAAUUGUUAAUAAACGUAAACAGCGUUGAUUAAUAGUGAUAAUUAUUGUACAAACAAAUGUCCGGUUACACCGGUCAGGACAAUUACUGGGGCCAACCACCCCAAGGCCAAUAUAACUUUGAACCCGCUGGGUUUGGCCAACCUAACCCACAAUUCGACUUUCAAUCCUACGGAGAUGAUCAGGGUACGGAUUAUGCAUAUUCCCAGAAGAGCUACCUGGACCCGACGCAGGGCCACUACGGGGGGGAGAUAUCGUAUGCAUCUGACGACUACGGAAAAGCUGCUGGAUUUGGAGAGGAGGAGGAUGAGCCUCCACUCCUGGAGGAGCUUGGAAUCGAUCCAGACAGGAUCAUCCAGAAGACCUUGGCGGUUUUGAAUCCUUUCCACCGCAGGGGACAGAUUGAUGAUGCUACUUAUCUUCUCCAGGAUGCUGAUCUCGCGGGACCAGUGGCAUUCUGCCUCGUCCUCGCUGCUUUUCUCCUGCUCGCUGGAUCCAAAGCCCAUUUUGGGUAUGUUUAUGGGCUGGCUGUGACCUCCUGCAUACUCAUGUACAUCCUUCAGUCUCUCAUGAGCAGCACUGGGAAUAUUACUCUCGGAUCUGUUGCCUCGGUUCUUGGGUAUUGUUUAUUGCCUGUCGUUGGACUCGCUGGAAUCAGCAUCUUCACCACCCUUAAGGGACCCUUGGGGAUGGCUGUCGGUGCUCUCGCUGUUGCCUGGGCCACUCUCUCUGCUUCUAGAUUAUUUUCUGCCAUGUCCGGGGAGGAGAAACAACGAUUACUCAUUGCUUAUCCAUGUCUCCUAUUGUAUGGUGUAUUCACUCUGAUCGUUAUAUUCUGAAUGCGACUUACGAUUUUUCGUCCGGUCUGAUUAUCAUUUUUAUUUGUAAGAGAUUGUAAUUACGAUUUGUAUUGUAAAUAAAUUUAUUGGAAUAUAA